AGUACACGAACGGAUAGGCGGCACAACAUUACAGACUGAACGGACUUCACUUGACUUCUCGAAAUGGCAGUUUUCCAUAUGCUUUUGAGCUGGGCUGCUCAAGCGCUCAUUUUUCUGCUCUUUUUGGCUUUAAUAGCGUUUCUUGGUUACUGCCUGUAUAUUAAACACAUUCACAUGAAAUAUGACCACAUACCUGGGCCACCGAGAGACAGUUUUCUCUUCGGACAUUCGCCAACGUUUUUGAGGAUAAUGAAAAAUGAAGGACUUCUACAUGACAAGUUUCUGGAGUGGGCAGAGCGUUAUGGGCCUGUUUACAAGAUAUAUGCUCUGCAUUAUGUUUUACUCUGCGUGACCUGCCCAGAGGCGACCAAGGAAAUUCUGAUGUCCCCAAAGUACCCCAAAGAUAAAUUCCUGUACAAGAGACUCUUCAACUUGUUUGGUCAAAGGUUCCUAGGUAAUGGCCUGGUAACAGCGCAGGACCAUGAACUGUGGUAUAAACAGCGCCGGAUCAUGGACCCUGCGUUCAGCAGCUUGUAUUUGAGAGGUCUUAUGGGCACCUUCAAUGAGAGGGCAGAGAAACUGAUGAUUAAACUUUCCGGAAUUGCUGAUGACAAAACAGACGCCAACAUGCUCCACCUAGUCAACUGUGUUACCCUGGACGUUAUUGCUAAGGUUGCUUUUGGUGUGGAUUUAGACCUGCUGACAACCAGUUCACCAUUCCCUAAAGCCAUUGAGACAUGCCUUAAAGGGAUGGUGUACUAUGUCAGAGACAAAUUUUUUGAGUUCAAUCCAAAGAACCGACCUUUCAUUAAUGAAGUGAAAGAAGCUUGCCGCCUGCUGCGCACAACUGGAGCUAAGUGGAUUAAUGAGAGGAAGACUGCCAUGCGAAACGGCGAUGACGUCCCCAAGGACAUCCUCACGCAGAUCAUCAAAAGUGCUGGCAAAGAGGAAAGCAUGACGCAGGAAGAUGAAGAGUUUAUGUUGGACAAUUUUGUGACAUUUUUCAUUGCGGGGCAGGAAACAACAGCUAAUCAGCUGGCUUUUUGCAUCAUGGAGCUUGCAAGACAUCCUGAUAUACUGGAGAAAGCGCUGAAGGAGGUGGAUGAAGUCAUUGGGAUGAAACAGGACAUCAGCUAUGACGAUCUAGGACAACUGAAUUACCUCUCACAGGUGCUAAAAGAGACUCUGAGGGUUUACCCGACAGCUCCCGGCACAUCUCGUGAUGUAGUGGAAGACAUUGUCAUUGACGGCAUCAACAUACCCGCAGGAGUCACGUGUUUGUUUAGCUCCUAUGUGACUGGUAGACUGGAUAAAUUCUUCAAGGACCCGCUGACAUUUGAUCCAGACAGAUUUCACCACGAUGCUCCCAAGCCUUAUUACUGCUACUACCCCUUUGCCCUCGGUCCACGCUCAUGCCUGGGACAGAACUUUGCUCAGAUGGAGGCUAAGGUGGUGAUGGCCAAGCUGCUCCAGAGGUUUGAGUUCACCCUUUUGCCGGGACAGACCUUUGACAUCCUGGACACUGGCACACUCAGGCCAAAGAGUGGUGUGGUGUGCUCCAUCAGACACAGGAGCCACAAGAAAUGAAUGGUCAAUAUCACAGCUCUGUGAUCCUGCCUCAGUCAGAAGCCUCUUAUGCUGACGAGUUGUUUUAUUACUUAGCCUUUGUAAUCAAAAUAUGAUAUGCACAGUAUAUUCAAAAGAAGUUCUGCUUCUACUUUCUAACAAUAAUGAGGAUAUGGUAAACCGGGGUAGGUUACAGCAUCAUUAGCACUUUAAUCUUCUGAGAUAAUGGACAGUUGACUUUUUAGAGAUAUGCUACAAACAUGAUGAUUAUACAGAACAUGAUACAUUGCUGCGGAUUAAACUACCUAACAGGAUGCAAUGUAGUUGAAAUGAACUCAACCAUAAACAUCUACUGCAGUAAAAAGCAACACGCACAUGAAUGCAGCAUUAAUAUAAAUCCAAAAAACAUCAUAGUAGUGAAACAGGGGGACCACUUAACUGCACAAUGAGUACUUUUACUUUUGAUACUUUUUAAGUACAUUUUGCUUAUAACAUACUUUUACUCAAGGUUUUGAAUGUAGGACUUUUGCUUAUAGUGGAGUAUUUUCAGUGUGGUAUUGGUACUUUUACUUAAGUAAAGGACCUGAAUACAUUUUCCACCACUAGUUGGAGCUAACGCUUUAGCUCUUCCAUACCUCCUGAGCUUCUGAACUUGUCUUGUGCCUUCAACAGUAAUUCUGAAAUGCUGAAUUUACAAAUGAAAAUAAACCACGGAAGUAAAUUAUCAGCUGUUUUACCAUCAUUGUACUGAUGCAGAAAUAACUUGUUGUUGAUUGUUUUGCACUUUAAUAAACUGUUAAUUAUU